GUCAGUACUUCCGGGUUGCUUUUCAGGCUGCGUUUUGUUGUCAGGCGGUGAAAGGGAGAGACUGUUUUGUCUUUUUUUCGUUUUUAUCCAACCAGUUUAUUAAAGAUACUGUCGAGAUGAAUCGUAUCUUCGGACGAGGAAAACCCAAAGGACCACCGCCGAACCUCACGGACUGUAUAUCAGGUGUUGACUCUCGAGCAGAGUCAGUAGAUAAGAAAAUAGCCAGGCUUGAUGCCGAACUGAUGAAAUACAAAGACCAGAUGAAGAAAAUGAGGGACGGCCCAUCAAAGAAUAUGGUGAAACAAAAAGCAAUGCGAGUCCUCAAACAGAAGAGAAUGUAUGAAGGGCAGAGAGAUCAAUUGAUGCAGCAAUCAUUAACAUGGAACAAGCAAACUACACCAUCCCAGACGCUAAAAGACACCAAGACCACUGUGGAGGCAAUGAAAAUCGGUGCCAAAGAAAUGAAAAAAGCAUACAAGAAUGUUAAAAUAGAUCAGAUUGAGGAUCUGCAAGAUCAGUUGGAGGACAUGAUGGAAGAUGCUAAUGAAGUGCAAGAAGCUCUUAGUCGCAGCUAUGGGACACCAGAUAUUGAUGAAGAUGACUUGGAAGCAGAGCUGGAUGCACUGGGUGACGAACUCCUUUUGGAUGAUGACAAUUCCUAUCUGGACGAAGCAUCUUCGGCUCCAGCUAUACCUGAGGGAGCACCAGGAGACAGAACCACUAACCGGGAUGGAGUACUGGUGGAUGAGUUUGGCCUUCCUCAAAUUCCAGCUACAUAAUGACAGUGCUACGCCAUCCCAACCCCACAAAAGAUUUGGACAAAUAUUUAAACACACACAAUCAAGAGCGGGACAGACCUUCUAUAUCAAAAUUGAAACAGUCUUUCAUAUCUUGAUCUUUUAUCCUCCUAUUUGGUGUAAUAUUCUUCUGCUUCUUUUUCUCUCAAGGAUAUACACUAGUAGUUGGUUUUCUUUAUACUGCAAUGCUGUCAUUAUUGAAAGCAAAUAUUAAAAGAAAUAUAUAUAUAUGACAAUGUUGGAGGAUUGCAUUGCAAUGUAACAUUGUGUAAUUUUGUUACACUGUUGGUUAAAAACAUGCAACAAUUGAAGCCUAUUUUUGUGACAACAAUGAGAACAGACUGGCUCAGGUAAAAACAAAUGUGCCUGCUUCAUUUUGUUAGAUACACUAAUAAACAAACUCUUAUGUA